AUGUUUCAGUCAAGAAAGUCAAUUUCUUUCCUACUAUUCACUUUUUACAUAACAAUUUACUGUCAAUCAACGAUCUUUGAUCCUGAAACCGGUAAACACUAUCCAAUAUCAGAUUCUUCUCGUAUAGAAGACAUUCCAUUUUUGUUACCUAGUCCUGAUCCUAAAGAGUAUCCACCAGAAUUUCUUAACUCUUUACUGGAGCAUUGUAAUGAUCCCAUGCCUAGUUACAUCGAACUGUUCUCAAAAGCUUGGAUUGCUUUUAAAGAAAUGGGUUUCAGCAAAUCAACGUUUCAAAACACUUUCUUAUUUGUUCGCCGCAUCAUCUCUGCUACACGCCCAUUACAAGUGUUUCAUGCUUUAUUGACAGGCUUUUUACUUACUCUUCUUCGAGUGUAUAUCACACGAAAGCUUUAUACGAGGCUUAUUGCCGAUGUUGGUGUAACUCCAGAAGUUUCUGGUAAACUUAUUGAAUCUGGUUGGAAAUGUUUUUGGUUCUUAUUUAUGUGGCUUUUUAGCCUACAGGUUGUUGUUUUGAGUGGCAGAACAGAUUUCCAAUAUCCCUUGUGUGUCUUUCGCAAUAACAUAUUUACAAUUGGCUACUUUGAUAUUCCGACCCCUCCUGAUUACUAUUGGCUUUAUACACUGCAGUUGGGAUUCUAUUUACAUUCAUUAUGGAGUGUAUUUUUUAUGGAUUUGUGGCGUAAAGAUUCUUCUGUAUUAGUUCUACAUCAUUGUUUGACACUUUUACUACUAGAAGGUUCAUUAUUGUUAAGAAUACAUCGUGCGGGUGUUGUAACUUUACUUCUACAUGAUUUAUGCGAUGUAUUUUUAGAAUUCGGUAAAAUAAAUAUCUACUUGCGUAUUCGACGCGGAAAAGUGUAUACUAUUCACGUAACUAUUGCCAAUAUAUGUUUUGCACUAUUUGCAACAUCAUGGGUUGUUUUACGACUAUAUUUAUUCCCAUUGAAAGUUUUAUACGCUUCCUCUUGGGGAGCUUAUAUUUGUUUAGUCGGUCGAGAAAACAGAGGAUUUCUGUUUUUCAAUUUACUGCUAUGGUGUUUAUUUGUAAUGCAUAUAUAUUGGUUUACGUUCAUUAUACGUAUGGCCAUUCGAAUGUUUACAAGUCCAUUAGAAGCAUGUGAUGAUAUACGUGAAGAUACACCGAAUAAAAAGAUCGACAAUAUGAAUCUGUGUAAUCAUAAGACUACAUCAGAAACAGUUUUAAACAAUAAUCAUAAACAUAUCACUGCUACUUAUACUGCCACUGAUAUCACUGAUACAUCUUUCAUUGUAAAGCAGAUUAAACGAAUAGAAAAUAAUAGUGAUAAUAAUCAUAUGGAUAAAUCUUUGACAAAUGGAAGUACAUACAUAUCAACCAAGUGCAAUUAA